AUGAACCAGCUAUUCGGAAAGCAGCUGGUUCAGCUCAAUCACCUCGCCAGCGAGUCUCUUGAAGUGACAACUGAAACUCAGAUAACAACGGGGAGAAUCCUCGAGCGGCUUGGGAUUAAUGACAGCGCUUCUGCAAAGAGAAUCGCCAAGAUAGAGAACCAACUAAAGAAGCAAGGCAAAAUAAUGGAAACUCUGCACGCUCGGAUGGAUCAAGUCAUGGAGCUCUUGGAAGAAAGCAAGAAACCGGGUAUUCCCCCUCCACCCUACAGCCAGACAAAGGGAACCGUCCAGGUCAUCGAAAAGAGGUCGCCGCGCAAAGAGAAGAGUGAAAAGAAACAAACGUUUUCCGCCAAAGCCACAACACCAGGAUCGGACUGGACUGAUUUAAUGGUCUCUGGAUCCCGCUUCGACUAUAUCCAACCAGGGCUAUCUUCUGAGGGUGCGAAAUGCAAGCCAACUACACAAGCCUUCGAGAAACUUCGAGAUAACUGCACCACAAAGACUACCAAGUCAGUCGCCUUUCGAUCUGCUGCAGACGGCCACGGCUUCGUUUUUGGGUCUGACGGUCGAUUGGACUUGGAGGAGACGCUAAAAUCGAUCAAUCCAUAUCCCAAUUCAGUUGCUGGGCGCUACUUGUCAACUGAUUACACGCAUUAUCUAGACAUGGGACUCCUGGUAACCAAGGCUUUGGAGCUGGGAUUCUUGAACCGGACCAAUUUGAUACAGUUUUUGGAUAAACCAUGGCACGUCUUGGAAAGACUCGACCUCCCCCUCGUGACGCCGAUCAAGCCUCAAUACGCACUGAUGAUGAAUUCUGAGCUGCGCGAAGAAGCGGUUCAGAGAUUGACUGGAAGCGUCUUUGGGGGCCUGUCGAAGUGUUGA